CUACCUGCAGUUGCAUCUUCCGCCCGGGACGCUAUAUAUACGCCCUCCUCGGCUCUCUCUCAGCUCACAACCACUGGUGAUCGAUCCAUACAGCAGCGUCGAUCCUUCCUUCCUUCCUUCCAUCCGUCCGUCCGUCUCGCUAGCUAAGCUAUCAGGACGCAAAACCUCACUCUCUAUAUCCAACUAUAGCCAGCUAGUUCUCUCCUCCCCCUUCUCCCUCGUCUCCGGCGUGUCUCCGGCGAGGGCGCGCCUAGCUUAAUUCCAUCGAUCCACAGACCGAUCGACCGGCGACAGACGUACAUCGUCGUGCAGGAGAUCGAAGACGUGCGUGUGUGCCAGACGAGCGCGGCACUUUUGGUCAACCUGUGCCACCGUACAGCUAGCGCUUGCGUUUGGCCAGCAGGCCAGAUAAUCAACAGGCAACUGCAGCGCUAGCACAGCUAGCAGAGCGCGUUUAUAGCUCAGCCGGAAAGGAAGAAGAAGAAGAAGAAGAAAAUUAAGCUAAGUACGUACUCCAACAUUUAGCAAAGGAUCAGAUAUCAUGGUGAACACGACGGCGACGGAGGUGGGCGCGAUGAACAACAACAGCAGCAACAAGCUGCCGCUGCCGCUGCCGCUGGUGUCGCUGAACCACGUGUCCCUCGUGUGCCGGUCGCUGGAGAGCUCCCUCGCCUUCUACCGCAACGUCCUCGGCUUCGUCCCCAUCCGCCGCCCCGGCUCCUUCGGCUUCGACGGCGCAUGGCUGUUCAACUUCGGGAUCGGCGUGCACCUGCUGCAGGCGGAGGACCCGGCGAACAUGCCGGCGAAGAAGGCGGAGAUCAACCCCAAGGACAACCACAUCUCAUUCACGUGUGAGAGCAUGGAGACGGUGCAGCGGCGGCUCAAGGAGAUGGGGAUCCGGUACGUGCAGCGGCGGGUGGAGGAAGGCGGCAUCUACGUGGACCAGCUCUUCUUCCACGACCCCGACGGCUUCAUGAUCGAGGUCUGCACCUGCGACAACCUCCCCGUCAUCCCGCUCCUCGACGCCCCCCAGCACGCCGUCUGCAAGCGGGCCCUCGCCGCCCCGCCUGCGGUGGCCGUGCCGCAGCCGGAUCCUUCUUCUCCGGCGCCGGCGCCGGUGCCAUCGCCAUUGCCGCAGCAGCAGCACUGCGUCGCCGAGGUCGUCGUCGUCGACGUGGCCAACGGCAACAUGUCCGCCAUGACGGCCAUGGCUUGCCCUGAGGCCUGAGCUAGCACGCCUGCAUGCAGGUUUAAUGCAAUUUCAUUAGCCUGCCAAGAUGAAGCUGAUGCUGAUGUGGAGAUGUUUUGUUCUGUGAGUCGGGCGACGAGAGCUGUAGCCAUUGCUGCUGUUUUGUUGCCCCCCUGUAAAAUUGGUUAAUUUGGAGUACCGGCGCGUUCUUUUCUUUCUCUCCUGUAUAUUCGAGUAUGUACGUACGUAUAUAUGUAGCUGCAGGCAGGGUAGCUAGCUGUUGCUUACACUGAGGAGAUGAUCCAUUGAUCUCUCAUAUAUAUGUAGCUAGGCCCGGCUGCUUUGCUCUGCAUGCCUUUGUAUGUUGCACAUAUGUUGCAUCUUGUAAUCUGUCUAUCUAUUCAAGUAUUUAAUUCAUUCACUGCUGCCA